UGUUUUCAUUAUAUUUCUCCCAUCAAGCUAUUCCUGAAAGCUCUUAACUUUGUAUUUAUUUUAUUUUCACCACAAAAAUGAUGCAUCUCAUGAAACAAUUUGAAUAUCUCAAGAUACAACUGAAAGCUAUAAAGUUGGCAACCAACAAUUUCGCUAAUGAAAACUGCAUUGGUAGGGGUGGUUUUGGAAAAGUAUACAAAGGAGAGCUUGUUCAUUACAAGGGGCAAGAAAUUGUUGCCAUAAAACGAUUAGAUCCUGUAUUUGGGCAAGGAAACCCUGAGUUCUGGAGGGAGAUUAUUAUGCUUUCUCUUUACAAGCAUGACAAUAUUGUUUCUCUAUUAGGAUUUUGUGACGAAAGUGAGGAGAAGAUCCUUGUGUACGAGUAUGCAUCCAAGAGAAGUCUUGACUUGUAUCUCAACAACCAUGAUCUAAUUUGGAUUCAUCGACUUAAUAUCUGCAUAGGGGCGGCUCGUGGGCUGGCGUACCUUCAUAAUCCCUUUGGAACCCAACAAAGAGUAUUACAUCGUGAUAUUAAGAGUUCUAACAUCCUCCUAGAUGAAAAUUGGAAUGCCAAAAUCUCAGAUUUGGGUUUGUCCAAAUUUGGUCCCGCGAACCAAGAUUACACAUUUCUCGUCACCAAUGGCGUAGGCACGAUCGGGUAUUGUGAUCCAUUAUAUAUGGAAACAGGGUUAUUAACAAAGGAGUCCGAUGUUUAUUCCUUCGGUGUAGUGUUGUUUGAAGUGUUGUGUGGGAGGUUGUGUAUCGGCAACAAGAAUGGUAUUCAUCGGCCUUCUUUAACAGGUUUGGUGCGUCAAUACUAUUCACAAAACAAAAUAAAGGAAAUUAUUUUCGAUAAAAUAAAGGAUGAAAUAAAUCCUAAAUCUUUGGAAGCGUUCACCACCAUAGCUUAUCGGUGUUUGAGUAGAGACUUGGAAGAACGUCCAUUAAUGACCGACAUCGUAAGCAUACUAGAAAGUGCGCGUGAAUAUCAAUUGGAGCUUAAUUCAUUCGAUUUAAAAAAUAACCCAAUCCAGUCAAGUAGCUAUGAGCAAGGAGAGACAACCCAGGAGAAAAGCAGUGACAUGCUUGUAUUGAUGUUGUGUUCUAUAGGGGUUUGGGAGGGGUUUUACCCCUUGAGAAACAAGUGGAUAAGGUUACCUACAAUUCCUUGUGAAGAAAGUUUCAAUUAUUCAGAGCAAGAAUCUGUGGCCGUGGGUAGUGAAUUGCUGGUUUUUGGGCGUGAGGUGUUUGAGUUUGUGACAUGGAAGUACAGUUUUAUUAGACGACACUGGUUGAAAUGCGAUGGGAUGAAUCAUCCUCGUUCUUUAUUUGGUUCUGGAACUCUUGGAUCAAUUGCUAUUGUUGCAGGAGGGUGUGACAAAAAUGGAAAUAUUCUGAAAUCAGCUGAGUUAUAUGAUUCAUCAACUGGUAGAUGGGAAAUUUUGCCGGAUAUGCACUCUCCACGUAGAUUAUGCUCUAGUUUUUUCAUGGAUAAAAAGUUUUAUGUGAUAGGAGGGAUGACAAGUAGCACUGAUUCGUUAACUUGUGGUGAGGAAUUUGAUCUUAAUACGAAACACUGGAGGAAAAUUGAUGGGAUGUACCCUAUUAUUGUAAACAAGGUUACCCAGGCACCUCCUCUUGUUGCAGUUGUUAGUAACGAGCUAUAUGCACUUGACUAUCUGAGUAGCAUGGUUAAGAAAUAUGACAAAAACAAGAACUCAUGGGACGUUUUGGGCAGACUUCCAGUUAAGGCCAGUUCGAUGGAGGGUUGGGGUUUAGUCUUUAAGGCUUGUGGAGAUGGGCUUCUCGUUGUGUAUGGACAAAGAACUCUUGGGAAUGAAUCCCUUGUUUUAAAUUCUUGUAGUCCAAAAUCUAGGGUUGAAGAUGGUAUCUUGGAUUGGAAUGUUCUUGGUGUUAAGGAGCAAAAAUCACCAUUUAUUUACGACUGUGUUGUGAUGGAUUGCUGAGGACCUGACCAGACAAGAGACCAUAGGUUUCUUCCCUCGAAAUCCAUCUUAAUUUAUAGUUUGUUUUCGUGGCUAACUUUGUAAGUUAAUUUCAGAUGUUACAUAAUCUGCAGCAUCAUUAGUCA